AUGCAGCUCACAACCCUCACCCUCACCCUCCUCAUCGCAUCAACCCAAGCAUGGAAGUUCACCGCGGCCUGCCCGCGCUCGUUCAGCUACGGCGGUAUCCAGAACCGGGGAUGUACGCAGAUUGGAGAUAGCACGUGUGGGAAUGGGGAUCGUAUCGUCUGGAACAACGAAGGCAGCAAGAAAUGCACUUUCCGCGCCUACAGCGGCUACCCGUGCCGCGCGGAUCAGAACACGGGGUACUCGCAGAAGAAUUGGGAUACUAAGUUGAUUGAGGGGCGGUACUGGGGGGUUACGGGGUGCUGA